CAGUACAGACUAACAUUCGUCUGUUCAAGUCACACUGCUUUUUCCCAAAGAUUUUCGCUCUCCGAUUUGGCCAUGAAGUUGGCUUUAGUUUCCGUGGCGUUGGUCGUGCUGGUCUUGACCGUACAGGCUGAAGAUUUUACAGCCGAAAAGCGAUUGCUCGACGAAAUAGAUGCAAAGAUUCAAGCUUUGGAGGAAAAGCGCCAGUUUCGUGAUCCGGCCCCACAAGUGACGACCAAUGAACCUGAAGCGCCCACGCCGACCCAGGCAGAACCUGAAGGGCCCGAGCCAACCGUUGAAUCAAAUGAAGAGAGUGAAGAGGGUAGUGAGAGCGAGGAGAGUGAAGAGGAUAGCAAGGAGGACUACGGAUCAGUACCAAAAUUGAAGCCGUUGGUCAAGUUGCUGCUCGAAAUGAAAAAUAAAAAACUUCGCGAGAAGUCAAAGCCAUUUGGAGGAUUCAAACCCAAGCCAACUGGAGUGCCCAGGCCCAAGCCAACUGGAGUGCCCAGGCCCAAGCCAACUGGAGUGCCCAGGCCCAAGCCAACUGGAGUGCCCAGGCCCAAGCCAACUGGAGUGCCCAGGCCCAAGCCAACUGGAGUGCCCAGGCCCAAGCCAACUGGAGUGCCCAGGCCCAGGCCAACUGGAGUGCCCAGGCCCAGGCCAACUGGAGUGCCCAGGCCCAGGCCAACUGGAGUGCCCAGGCCCAGGCCAACUGGAGUGCCCAGGCCCAGGCCAACUGGAGUGCCCAGGCCCAGGCCAACUGGAGUGCCCAGGCCCAGGCCAACUGGAGUGCCCAGGCCCAAGCCAACUGGAGUGCCCAGGCCCAAGCCAACUGGACAGCCCGAGAAAGACGAGGAACUUAGCCUAAUGAAGAGGUUGAUGGUCCAGCUGAGGGAUCUUGAGACUGAACUGACUGGACAAGUAAACAAUGGUGGAAAAAUGCCCGACUUCCAGAAUAAGAAGCUCAAGCCAACUUGGGUGCCCAGGCCCAAGUCUUCAGAUGAGGAAGAGCCCAGACCAACAGGAGAACCCAAGUCUUCAGAGUUGGAAGCCUCUUCGGAGGAGAAAGAGCCCAGGCCAACAGGAGAGCCAAAGCCCACCGGGCAGCCAAAGUCAUCGGAAGAGGAGGAGGAACGCGAACUAAAGUCAAUGAAAGUGCCACUAAGGAAGGAGUAUGAUUCAAGCAGAGAGGAGGGAAAAGCACAGAAACUAAAUGGAGAAGCCCGGCCCGAACCGAAGUCUUCCGAGGAAGGAGAGCAAUCUUCCGAGGAACCUUCGAAGGAAAAGCCGACUGGAGAGGCCAGGCCCGAACCGACUGGCCAGCCUAGUUCAGAGGAAGUAGCGAGGGAAGAACGUGAAUUGGUGGCGUUGUUGGAAAAGCUUGAUCUCAAAAGGGGGUUUUAAGCAUCAGGUGAGGCCCCUGAAGAGUGAGUUCUCCAAAUUACCGUGCAUCUUAUUAGGCCUUCCAAUUUGCCGAGCAGACUGCCAUAGAUAGUGCUUCUUGUGGCCUAGGAGAAUGACUGCUUCACAAGGAAAACAUCCAAAAUAUGCACUCGUUGGUAAAUUUCCUAAAAUAAACCGUGUCCAUCUGUGUCCAUCUGUGUCCAUCUGCAUACUGGAAGGCCUGAUAAGCGAAAGGUAGAAAGUGAAUAGGAGAGUUAACUCGAAGAAAUGCGUAACCAAGAGCUUUUUCAACAGAACUUUCCUCGAUUAAAAACGUCCGUGGGCAAGUGUGUCUUCACUUGCUCAAAAAUUAACCUGUAUGAUUAUAUUCAAACGGAACAGUCACUCCUGGCUCUCUGCGUGUGGUCCAAUUAGUUAGCCUACGUCCUCUCAAAACAACUGGUAUCAUAUGCAGCAUUAUUGUGAAAGGACGCGAUGCGAGGGAAGGUGUCCUCUUUUAAAUGCCAAGGAGCCACCCACCACAGACAAUAAGAACAACAAUGGAAUUUUUUGAACGGCAUUCUGAAAUGCAGUCAAUGUACACACAAGUCGUUCCUUUCCGAAUUAGUAGAUGGCGCCACUGGUACUUUAAGAGGGUAGUUUGUCAUUUGACUUCUCGUUGAAUAGAUUUGUUAAUCUAUUUAUCUUGACGAGGUGCGGCUGCCACCAGGCGAAACGAAAAAUCUAUAACCUGUUUAUAGAUGGAUAUUGAGACAAAGCAUUUCACUCUGUGCUGAGAAUCGCAUUGAAUUUGGUGCAGUCGUCUGUGUGAUUUGGAUAUAAUAUUGCGUAGGUGUUGAUACUUUGUUGAAGUACUGUAUAAUAAAAAUAAUGUGAUUCGCUUAUUUGUCAUCCUGACAUAACUAUAAUCCGCCUCUCGAUAUUUAUUUACUUUAUUUAUCGCUGAUCACAGCUGCCUGCUAUCAAUAAACGUAGCGAUUAUUUGCUUCACCCGUAAAGGAGACCUUUUUGUUGUACAUAACAGUAACUGUUAUCAAAUAUUGCAGUGACUUAAAAUCACUUGUUUGAGCAGCGUAAAGGACCCAUUAUAGCAUCAUGGGUAAAGCAGCGGUGGUCAGAAGAUAACACUGGAUUAAAAUGAAAAGUUUUAAUUCUUGCUUAUCCAUUUCCAGUCCUCCAGACUUGAACUAGACUCUUUCACCCAUCUCCUCCAUUCACUCAUUACAGAGACUGAUACUUGACGACAUUUCACUCGUCAUGAACUCGAUUUAGGGGCGUAAGCUUCCGGUGUCCGGUCACGCAUUUUUCUGUAGGAUGGGUAACCUCGAUCCAAGUGAAAAAUCUGAAAUACCAGAGCGCUCGGUAUGACAGUGCAUCCACUUUAUGCACUGAAAAUGUAUGCUCGUCUCGGGUAAAUCAACGAGGCUUCGCGGCGGAUGGGGUCGAGGUUACCUGUGUAAGGUCUCACUAGCCGGUGCGGAGGCCAGACCUACCUGCCUCCAAAAAUGACGAGGCGUCAUUGCAUGCAUGCCCUUGUUCCAGCGACUGUAUACCCGACAGUAUAUCACUCUCACAAACCUAUCCAUUUCUGAAUAGCUUGUCACUUGUAGAAUACAUCUGCCCAAGUUUAAAGGCCAUAUAUCAAGGUUUGAAAACAUGCUUGAUACUCAUGAAAUAUGUUGAGGGUUAAAAAAACAAGA